AUGGGUGGUCUGAGACGGGCCUGCGAAAGUCUAGAAAAGCGCGGUUCUUGGGAUCUUGAGGACAAUCGGAGUGGUAUGAACUGCCUACCAAUCGAUUGUGGCUGUGAUGCACAAAAUAUCGUGUUUUCAGGUCUGCAGACAGGUUUACGGGUCUCAUUCGCGCUUUUGGGAAAACGUAUAAUAUGGCAUUUGAAAGCUAAGUAG